UUGGACGGUUUGAUUUUACAAUUUACGUGAUAUGUAUGGAAAAUCUAAGUGACUGUAUGUCAUCCAUCAUAAGCUGGCAGAGUAUCAAAGUUUUUCUCUUAGAAAAGAGAAAAAGCAAAAAGAAGGGAAAGCUGGCAAUCCCGUCUCACCCUUUUAAACAAACACAAACCGGAGCCCAAAACCAUAGAAAGCAGAGGAAAAGAAAAAAACAGAGAGAGAAGAAAGCAAGGGAAGAAAAGAAGAAAGAUAGCAAUGAAAGGAAGAGGAGGAGGAGGAAGAGCAGGAAAUGGAGGAAACCCAACAGAUCUCCUUGUCUGUUUUCCAUCUAGAGCCCAUCUCACACUCAUGCCAAAGCCCAUCUGCAGCCCAUCUCGACCGUCCACAGAGCCCAGCAAGCGCCACCAUCAACGGCCCAGAGGGCAAGCUAGUCCACUCUUCAGAACGAAGCCCAGCAAGCCCAACACCUCCGACAUCUCCGAACCCACAUCCCCAAAAGUCACCUGCGCUGGUCAGAUCAAAGUCAGGCCCAAGCCCACCUCGACAUCUUCUUCCUGCAAGAACUGGCAGUCUGUCAUGGAAGAGAUUGAGAAGCUCCACAACAGCAACCAUAGAAAAAGCAAAAAGAAGCCCACGUGGCUCGAUUCUCUGGGCCUGAAAAAGGACAUCAUGCAGUUCUUGACUGCACUUAGGAGCCUGCGUUUCGAUCUGAGGUGUUUUGGGUCUUUUCAUGGGUCUGUUGUGGGUUCUGAUAUCUCUUCAGAUGAGGAAGAAGAUGAGGAAGAUGAAGGGCAGGAAGAGAGAGAAAGCAGCCCUUCCAGGACUAUCUUUUCGAAAUGGUUCAUGGUCUUGCAGGAAAACCAGAGUCAUGGGCCGGGGAAAGAGAUAGGAGGAGGAGCUGAAGAGAGAGGUGAAUCUGCUGAUGGGCCUGAUGAUCCUGUUGCACCACCGUCCAAUGCUCUUUUGCUCAUGAGGUGUAGGUCUGCACCUGCAAAAGGGUGGUUGGGAGGCGAGAGAGGAGGAGGGGGAGAAGAAAGAAAGGCGAAAGAAGAGGAGGAGAGUGCAAGAACGAUAUUGGAGGAAGAGAAGGAGAAGGAGAAGCUGGUUUUGAUGAGCUAUGCUCCUGAUUUCUUUAAGGUAUCUUCUGAUAUUGCAAGGGAGACUUGGGUUGUUGGGAGGAGAGAUCCUUUCUCAAGGAGUCGAAGUUGGAAGAGAUGAUGGACGGUCAUAAUGAUGACGAUGGUGGAUGAUCAUGGUAUUUUUAUUUUAUUUUUAAUGUUGGUAUUUGUUUGGGGAAUUGAUAUUUUACACACACGAAUUACAAAGCACCCAUUUUCCAUUUUCGGAAUUGAAAACAGUACCGGUCAGGCAGAGGCGUGCUUACAACUUCAUUUGGAGGAGAUCCACGCCGUCCAUCAGGUGCGCCACCUAGUGUUUGUUCAUGAUGGCGAACAUCACACCGAUCCACAGCCCAGGUGGGCCUCACCAUUGGAAAGAGUGUAAAAUCAUGCCUAAAACCUCUAAAUUCAUGUUGGCCCACCUAAGUUUCAUAACAUCCUUCCUUAUUUUGGGGAAUUCCCUUCAUCAUGGUGAUUCGCGUUAGGUGAACGGAUGGGAUGACAACAGUCCGAUCCCACAGUCAAUUAAUGAUGGGCAGUCCCAUCCCAACUCUUUCCCACGGUGUGGCCCACUUGAGCUCUUGACCAUCAUGAAUUUUGGAUUCCAGAGCGAUCAUGAGGAGAUGCACCUAAUGAACGGGGUGGAUCUCAUGCACGUUCUCUCCCACGUGCCACAUGGUUGGCAGUAGGCACGCCCCUGUCUGACUCCACAAACUCAGGCUUGCGCGGUUCAUUUCACUUCUCAAAAUUGUUUCUGAUUUGGGAAUGGAAGUAGUGCAAUUUUGUACUGUUUCAAAAUGGGAAAUGGGCGUUUAAAAAUCAAUGAGGUGGUUGUAGAUAUCAAUUGCCUUUUUGGUCAUUUCCUCAUUUGAGUAUGUUUUUGUUCGGAGAAUCCAAGCCAUAGGUUUUGAUUUUGAUUUUGAUUUGAUUUGAGAUUGUGUUAUUUUUGUACAGUUUUCUGUCUUCAUUUCAUACCAUGUAUCUAUGUAUCUAUGUUUUGUGA